AUGGCCUUCUCCGCUAAACCCUACUGCUCCACCACCACCAAACCGCCCACCCCCACCACCCACCUCUCCCCCUCCCUCUCCGUCCGCGCCGCCGCCUCCGCCCGCGCUCCGCGCUCCGCCCAUGGCCUCUCCGCAGCCGCCGCCGGCAAGUCGACCCCCAGCAUCUUCCGCCUCCGCGCGUUUGCCCAGCGCAUCCGGGCGUCGCAGCAGCAGCAGCGGCGGCGGCCCGAGUACGUGCCGAACCGCAUCGACGACCCAAACUACGUGCGCAUCUUCGACACCACGCUCCGCGACGGGGAGCAGUCCCCCGGCGCCACCAUGACGAGCGCCGAGAAGCUCGUCGUCGCGCGCCAGCUGGCCCGCCUCGGCGUCGACAUCAUCGAGGCGGGCUUCCCGGCCUCCUCCCCCGACGACCUCGACGCCGUGCGCUCCAUCGCCAUCGAGGUCGGCAACCCGGUGGAGGAAGGCGCCCACGUGCCCGUCAUCUGUGGCCUCUCGCGGUGCAAUAAGAGGGACAUCGACGCUGCCUGGGAGGCCGUCAGGCACGCGCGCAGGCCCCGGAUCCAUACCUUCAUCGCCACCAGCGAGAUCCACAUGCAGCAUAAGCUUAGGAAGACGCCCGAGCAGGUCGUCGCCAUUGCCAGGGAGAUGGUGGCGUAUGCACGCAGCCUCGGGUGCCCCGAUGUCGAAUUCAGCCCCGAGGAUGCCGGCAGGUCAAAUCGAGAAUUCCUGUAUCAUAUACUGGAGGAAGUCAUAAAAGCUGGGGCAACAACUCUUAAUAUCCCAGACACUGUCGGAUACACUCUUCCUUAUGAAUUUGGGAAGUUGAUUGCUGACAUAAAGGCAAACACUCCUGGAAUUGAAAAUGCUAUCAUUUCCACUCAUUGCCAGAAUGACCUUGGUCUUGCGACUGCCAACACAUUAGCGGGCGCUCGUGCAGGAGCACGACAGUUAGAAGUGACUAUUAAUGGUAUUGGUGAAAGAGCUGGAAAUGCUUCGUUGGAAGAGGUUGUCAUGGCAAUUAAAUGUCGUGGGGAGCUCUUAGAUGGUCUAUAUACGGGAAUCAAUUCCCAACAUAUUACUUUGACAAGCAAAAUGGUACAAGAGCACAGUGGACUUCAUGUACAACCGCAUAAAGCUAUUGUUGGUGCCAAUGCCUUUGCUCAUGAAAGUGGAAUUCAUCAGGAUGGGAUGCUUAAAUAUAAAGGAACAUAUGAAAUAAUAUCGCCUGAUGAUAUUGGUUUAACACGUGCAAAUGAAUUUGGUAUUGUUCUUGGGAAACUCAGUGGAAGGCAUGCAGUGAGAUCUAAGCUAGUGGAGCUUGGAUAUGAAAUCAGUGACAAGGAAUUUGAAGAUUUCUUUAAACGCUACAAAGAGGUCGCAGAGAAGAAAAAGCGUGUAACUGAUGAAGACAUAGAAGCGUUAUUGUCAGAUGAGAUAUUCCAGCCUAAGGUUAUUUGGUCCCUUGCUGAUGUACAGGCAACAUGUGGAACACUUGGCUUAUCUACAGCAACUGUGAAACUGAUAGCACCAGAUGGAGAGGAGAAAAUAGCAUGUUCAGUUGGAACAGGUCCAGUUGAUGCAGCUUACAAGGCUGUUGACCAAAUAAUCCAGAUUCCAACUGUCCUCCGAGAAUAUGGUAUGACUUCAGUCACAGAAGGCAUUGACGCAAUUGCGACAACUCGAGUGGUUGUCACCGGAGAUGUGACCAACAACUCCAAGCAUGCCUUGACUGGUCACUCUUUCAACCGCUCCUACAGCGGGAGCGGGGCAGCAAUGGACAUCGUUGUGUCCAGCGUCAGAGCUUACCUGAGUGCCCUGAACAAGAUGUGCAGCUUUGCUGUUGUUGCGAAAGCCAGCAGCGAGUGUGGUGAUUGUGCUGUUCUUUUUUUUGGGAAGAUAGCCCCUUUAGCUUAG